UUUUUGUUUGAUUUGGUUAGAUGGAUGAAGAUGAGUGGAUGUAUGAAAUAAUGUCUGAACGAGCGGAUAUGGAUUAUGAAAAUGCAGAAUCAUGUGGUGCGAAUGAACCACAUGUUGAUUGUUCGGAUGCGUUCAAGACUUCUCAGAUUAUAAUGUUAAUGCUUGUGUUUGAGUGCCGAGAGGAUGUUUUGCGGUCAGACACAAACACAGGUAGUAGAGGAAGGAGUACGUUUGUGUUAAUUGGCUGUGAAAGGAGUGGCGAGUAUAAGUGUAGGAAAAAAGAAUUUAUCAGAAGAGACACUGGGACUAGGAAAUGUGGGUGUCCCUUCAAGCUUCGUUGCAAGCCAGUGGCUGGAGGAGAAGGCUGGAUGGUGAAGUUGAUUUGUGGAGUGCAUAAUCAUGAAUUGGCCAAGUCAUUAGUUGGACAUUCAUAUGCGGGGCGAUUGACUAAAUCUAAAAAAACACUUAUUGCUGAUAUGACGAAGUCCAUGGUGAAGCCAAGAAGCAUUCUGCUAACUCUGAAGGAACACAAUGCCAAUAGCUAUACGACUAUUAAACAGAUAUACAAUGCAAGAAGUGCAUUCCGUUCUACCAUAAGAGGAAGCGAUCUUGAAAUGCAACAUCUGAUGAAGCUUCUUGAACACUCUUGGUCGGUGGUCCGCAACCAUCUGCUUAAAGAACUUGCCAAUUUCUCAGAAGACUAUGUCAAGCUCUUUGGUGGCACGGAGAGAUUUGAGGAAUUAAGGAUGUCACUACUUGUUGAUGGGUUAACCAAGGUGACAACGGAUAAGUGGAUGGAUAUAACGGACAUGGGACAUGUCAUUGCAUCAAGGUAUAACGUAAUCGUUAUAUCCUUGUCUAAACAACAAAGCAUGACAUUCUUUCCCCUUAAAAGUCAACCGCUAACAAAUUCUUCAUUGCAUCGUAUAAUUUGUAUCGGUCAUGUGUAUGACAAUCAUUUUGUUGAGGUUUAUUUAAAAGAACGUUGUCCCUUACCGCCUGUAUCAUUGUUAUGGUCUAGCAAUUGUCAUCCGCAGGCGAAGUCAUGGCCAAAUCCAUAUAUUAGCAGAAUACAGCAUUACAAGAGCUUCAUGAUGUUCAAGAGAGACUAUGUUGACUUAAAUGAUGAUUGA